AUGCCACACUUUUGGUCAAACGGGAAUGAUAGUUAUGUCACCUCACUUAAAGACAACAAUCCUCCAGAAUCAUUGCCCUACCUUGAAAAACAACAAAACAGUGGAACUGCAAUUCAAGGUAAGAAGUGGUAAGUCAAAGUAAGUAAAUUGAAUCUCCUUACAAAUGUUAUCUUGCCUGAAGCCCUUAUAAUCCUCAGCAAGUCAUUUUUUUGAGAUUUUGCAUUGUGAAGCUGAGUAUUACCUGGCACAUGGAGGAAAAUAUCUUGUACAAAAGAGCUUUGAAACGAUCUUGGAAAAGAGAGCAAGCAAAAGGACAAAGUCAACCAAGAGAAAGAUACCAGCAAAGAAAUCCAAACCAGAUCCUAUCCAUCUAACCCAUUUUAAAGAUGAGUGUAUGAUUGUCAAAGAAAAAGACUCAAAUGCUAGGUCCACAAACAAGGAAAAGAAACCAAACUAUCCAGUACAAGCAACCAAAGAGGAUGAAGAUAUAAUUAUGAAGAAUCGCUGGCUAACAGAUGUUCAAAUUGGGAAAGCACAACACCUACUAAAGCAGCAAUUUCCAAAUGUUCAAGAUCACUCUUGGCCCACUUCAACAGUUUGA